AUGACACAGUCACGAUGAUACAUCAUAAUAAUGAUAAAUAUAUACAGAUAGCUCAAUUACAAAAAUAGUAGUUAAAGUAAAUAUAUGUAUAGGUACAGAUCAAUACAAAAAUCAAUAAUGGUUUUAAUUACGAACAGCCUCGGAUUUGAUCUUAUAGCACUUAUUGUAACCAUCUUGACAGGAGUAAUUAUAUAUCUCAAAUGGAAAUUCUCGUACUUCGAAAGAAAAGGUUUAUACUCACCACCCGCCAAAUUACCUUUCGGAAACUUAAAAAAGGUUUUCACGGAACGACAAGCUAUUCCAGAGCUAUUCAAAGACAUUUAUACUGAUAUAAAAUCCAAAGGAUUGAAGCAUGGAGGAGCAUAUUUCGUGAUUAAGCCCUUUUAUGUUCCAGUUGAUCUAGAUAUUCUCAAAUCAAUUAUGCUGACGGACUUCCAACAUUUCAUGAACCAUGGAUUUUAUGUUAACGAAGAGGGGGAUCCAUUAAGUGCACAUUUAUUAGCACUGGAAAAUGAAAGAUGGAAAAACCUUAGAGCCAAAUUGUCUCCGACAUUUACUUCUGGCAAACUGAAGAUGACGUUUAACACUUUAGUUGAAUGUACCAAUGGAUUAAAAGAUAUGAUGGAUCAAUAAUCACAAAGCGACAUACCAAUUAAUAUCAAAGAGACAUUGCAAAGGUUCACCAUUGAUAUAAUUGGAUCAGUUGCUUUUGGAAUUGAAUGCAACACAAUGAAGAACCCAGAUUCAGAAUUUGCCAAAUACGGAAGACGAAUCUUCGACUUAACUCCUCUUGAAGUUAUUAAAGGCAUUGCCACUUUUGCUCUUCCUCACAAAUUUCUCCUGUGGUUGAAUAUUACGUUUUUCAAUAAGGAGGUGACGACAUUUUUCAUGGAUGUUAUUAGGAAAAAUGUCAACUAUAGGGAAGAAAACAAUAUUUACAGGAAAGAUUUUAUGCAUUUGUUGUUACAGCUGAAAAACCGCGGAAAAGUCUUUGACGAUGGGAAACUAACAAAUGAUUCUGGGGAUGUUAAAGAAGGUGCCAUAACAUUCAACGAACUUGCUGCUCAAGCUUUCGUAUUCUUUUUUGCUGGCUACGAAACCUCUUCUACAGCAAUGACUUUUGCUUUAUAUGAACUUUCAAUGCGUCCUGAUCUUCAGGAAAAAAUUAAAGACGAAAUUCAUGAAGUUUUGGAGAAGUACGGCAACAAACUUACGUAUGAAGCUAUAAAGGAUAUGACAUAUUUAGAGCAAAUUCUUCAUGAGACCCUUAGAAAAUAUCCUCCGGUGCCAUUAUUACCAAGAGUAUGCAACAAAACAUAUAAAGUACCCGGAACUGAAGUGGUCAUUGAUAAGGGCACUAUGGUGGGUAUUCCUAUUUUAGGAAUACAUAAUGAUCCAGAAUAUUAUCCUAAUCCAGAAAAGUUUGACCCAGAAAGAUUUUCUCCAGAAAAUCAGAUGAAAAGACAUCCAUUUGCAUGGAUACCCUUCGGUGAAGGACCGAGAACUUGUAUCGGACUUAGAUUCGGUACCCUGCAAGCGAAAGUCGGCUUAAUAACGAUACUUAAGGACUAUGAAAUUUCUCUUAACAAUAAAACUUCCACACCCAUUAAAUUCGAUCCUAAAUCUUCGGGUGUCUUGUCAGUUGAUGGUGGCGUAUGGCUUAACGUUAAAAAAUAUAACUAAUUAAGCUUGAUAUGUAUACGUUUUAUAUAAGUAAGAAUCUAUGUUUUGCAUUUAUUUUUACAUAUUUUAAAUUAAGUCUGUACAUAAUUUGCCAAUAACCAACAUAUUAAACAAAUAAAAUCGAUGAAUAAUAAAUAAAUGAGUACAAUUACCUGAAAA